GCCAGUUUUUCUAGUUGUGCGUUGCUUGCUGCUAAAUGAAGGACGAAGAUGCCCUUGCAGAUUUCCUAGCUCAUAAAAAGCGUCUGGCAGAUAUAUUUUUUCCCAAUUCAAGAUCAGCUAUAAUUCAUCAUGAUACGAGUGCUUACGAUGAAUUUUGGAAAUUUUUGCUAAGAUUACAGAAAAUUGUCAGAAAGAGUUGUUCUGAAGGUCUUGAUGGGUGCCUCUUAAGUAAGAAGUCGAAGUUAAACAUACGAACUAGCAAUUAUCGUUUGGAGGACUAUGUUAGACAUAAAGAUGUUUCAAGACAUUCUCACAGAUCUCUUGCUCGUUCAGAGCUCGAUUGCUUUCAUCUUAUAUAUGACAUGUAUCUCGAUUUUCUUCUGAAGCGCAAGUUCGCUCGAAUUUUGAAACUUAGAAUAGAUCAAAGUGUUCUACCGAUCGCUAACUUUAGAACAGAGUUAUUAUCUACACUAUCUAAACAUCAAGUUGUUAUAGUCGCUGGUGAUACUGGUUGUGGAAAGUCAACACAAGUACCACAGUACCUAUAUUAUGGUGAAUCAAACUUGAAUGAUACACCUGGACCUAACUCCUAUCAAAAUAUUGCUGUUACUCAACCUCGUCGCAUCGCGUGUAUUAGUUUGGCCGCACGUGUAAGUACUGAGAUGUUGAAUGAAAGAGGCUCUAAGGUUGGAUAUCAAGUCCGUUUUGAACGAAGUCGUACUAAGGCUACACGAAUUCUUUUUCUCACAGAAGGUUUAUUGUUACGUCAAAUGCAGACGGAUCCAUUUCUGAAAGACUAUGAUGUCAUCGUUCUUGAUGAAGUACAUGAACGUCACUGGCAAACUGAUUGUUUAUUAGGACUUGUUAAAUGUCUUAUAGUUGUCCGUCCAAAACUUCGUGUAGUUCUAAUGUCAGCUACAAUAAAUGUUAACACAUUUGCUAAAUUUUUCAAUGAUUGCCCAAUUAUACAGGUUCCUGGACGUCUUUACCCCAUCGAUUUGCACUACAUUCCACUUAGUCCAGUUGAAAUUGCCAACACAACUGACAGAAUUGAUCCUGCGCCGUAUAUUCGUUUACUAAGACGAAUCGACGUAACAUAUCCUGCUACUGAACGAGGCGAUCUCUUGAUCUUUUUAUCUGGAAUGGCUGAUAUUCAAGCAAUAAUGGAACCAGCUAAAGCAUAUGCUGAAGAAACAAAACGAUGGAUUAUUUUACCACUACACAGUGCAUUAUCUGCGUCAGAUCAAGAGAAAGUCUUUCAUGUUGCUCCAGACUGUGUACGUAAAUGUAUUUUAUCAACAAAUAUCGCUGAAACCUCUCUAACUAUAGAUGGAAUAAGAUUUGUAGCUGAUUCCGGCAAAGUCAAAGAAUUGAGUUGGGAUUCUAAAGCGCGAAUGCGUUGUUUAAAAGAAUUUUCAAUAUCUAAAGCAAGCGCUAAUCAACGUAAAGGCCGUGCUGGUCGUACAGGUCCUGGUGUUUGUUAUCGUUUCUAUACUCAAGAGGAUUAUGAUAAUUUUGAGGCAUUUAGUACCCCGGAAAUUCGUCGUGUUCCUCUAGAAACACUUGUUCUACAGAUGUUGGUCAUGGGUUUACCAGAUAUCAAAAAAUUCCCUUUCAUUGACCCACCUGAAAUGAAAUGCAUUGAUGAAGCACUUGACAUAUUAAAGUCACAUGGUGCAAUUAUUCCACAGAAUAAUGUGUUAACAGUUACACCACUCGGUCAAUUAUUAUCUGAUAUACCAGUUGAAUUUUCAAUAGGUCGUAUGUUAAUUAUGGCAUCAUUAUUAAGAUUAACUAAUCCUGUAUUAAGUUUAGCUGCUGGUAUGGCUAUUCAGUGUCCAUUAUUACCGUAUACAGCUUUCAGUGGAGCAGAACAAACGCGUCGAAUAGAUGCACUAGCUGAAUAUGAAAGUGAUCAUGGAGAUGCGUUUACAUUGGUCAAUGUUUUUGAUGAAUGGAUUAAGAUGAAAUCAGAGGCGACUGGUCUUAUUAAACAAGAUCAUGAAUUAGACGAAUUUGAUAAUGAUAAUAAUGAUAAUGACAAAGGAUGUACAAACAUUAAACGAUGGUGUCGUCGUAUUGGAGCACAACAGCAACGUCUUCAUGAAAUGGUCCGAUUACGUAGCCAAUUCGCACAGUUGCUAAAAGACAGCGGUCUUCUUGAUAGUAAAUCCACGGAAUCUGAUAAAAAUCCAUCUAGAACACAACACUUUAAAAAUUUAAAUUAUGCAAGACGUAGUGAACGAAUGAAAUCUAAACGACGUCGACUUCUCACUUUACAAGAUAAUUUGAGUGAGAACUCAGAAUCUGAAAAAGAAGAUCAUGUGGAAAGUGAUUCAUCUAAGUUGCGUAAAUGGUUAUGUGCAUCGAGUCGUUCAUCAAUCAAUUCAUCAAAUGUACCUGUACAAGAUUUAGAACUAGUAUUAUGUUACAAUCUGUCAUCUUUAGCACAAUCAGCCAAUAUUCAACAAAACAUGACACAAGCUGAUCUUCAACUGUUAAAAGUUGUAUUAGCUGGUGGUAUGUAUCCUCAGUUGGCUAUUGGUGAUUCAGCCAACGCUUAUCGUGUUGCUAAUCGUGGUGGUACGGCUGGAGCUGGUGCUGAAAUGGUCUUUCAUACUAAAAAUAAAGGUUUUGUUACACUUCAUCCAAAUGAUGUAUUUGUUAGAAAACCAGAUGUGUUAUUUCCUGAGCGUAAUUUAAAAAAACGGAAUAAUAAUCAUCCAAACGUGUCAAAGGUACAAAAGUCACAAACAUCAUUAUCAAAUAAAAAUCCAAAACAAUCAAGAGAUGAUGAUUUUGAUGAUGAACAAACAGAAGAAGAAAAUAUUCCUGAAGUUUUACCAUCUGGUUUUGCAUACGAUCAUCAAUUACUUAUGUAUCUGGAUUUGAUGGAAACAACUAAACCUUUUCUGGUAAAUACAAUACGAGUUCCAGCAUUACCGACUUUGUUAUUAUAUUGUCGGGAAGUGGAUACAAAUUCUGACAUUUCAAGGAUUGUUUUCGAUUCAUGGUUAGAAGUACGAUUAUUGGAUGUUGAAGCUGCACAACGUGCUGUAGCUACUACUAUUUGGUUACGUUCAACAACGCAAUGUCUUAUGGAAUAUGAACUUGCAGGUACAAAGGGGCACCGAAUACAUAUGCGCCACACAAACCAAACGACUUGUGUGAGGGCUGGGAUACUCCAUGGACACCAAAACCGAAGCAGGUGGUUUCCUUAGGGAGCCACAUCCGGAGUCCUUGACUUAAAGGCCUAAUCCACAAGGUAGUGGAGCAACGUCAGGAGAUGCAGUCCCAUAGUAGCCAGUGAGUAACAAUAGUUUCAUACACUAUUUGUUCCUUCAGGAUCCUGGAGCCGAUGUGCACUAUUGAUUUGGAAUCAGGAUUUUCCAACUCCCCUAGGUGGGUCCUCCAUAUCCACCAACCCGGUUAAAGCUCCGUACAUUCGCCUUUCGUCCUCUCAAUUUCGUAAACAACACCCUCGCUAUGAGAAGGCAGUGAGUAGAACUUCUCUGAUAGUGGUUAUUUACUCGUGACUAUGUGAGAGCAUUUCGAGAGUGAGAACGGACUAUUCUCACCCUCGGAAAUAUCAGAGCAUUCGGGGGCUCUAUAUUGUACAGUAAUUUCUUUUAGCUUAAACAUUCAUGUACUUAUAUGGAUGCAUCAUCGGUCAACAACAUCCUAAAUAGAAAAUCAUGAUUUAUACACAAUAAAUCCAUGAGUAGCAGAGGAUUGAAAAAGAGGCUGAAUAAUGAACUAGUAAUAGUCAAGGAACAGUAGAGUGUAUAGACAUAGUUAAGGAGUCUAAUGAAUGCUAAUAGCUCAAAGAAUUUAGAAAUACAAUGAUCCAUAUACCUAAUGAUUACACAAAAAAGAUAUAAAAAGUGGUAAUCUGUAAAAUAGAAUUCCAAAAGUUACGAUUUCUUAAAUACUCCUCUCAUAACAACAGUUUUAAUGAAAUCACUAUUCUUUUUGUAUAUUAAGUGGCAUGAGAAGAUAAUGGUGUAGUCAACUAGGUCGUCCAGUGUUUAUAUUUAUUGAUGACAUCGACUAGCAGUUGCACUAUAUCGAAAAUGUGCUGGAGCUGAAAAAUAAAGAUCAGUAGAUUUAUGGGGAUGGUCCUCCUCCUCAGUGUGGAAAUUGAACAUACAGAUUUCUAUCGUGUAUGGAGUUUUAACGAGGUCUCAAAAUAAAAUAACAGAGCUUAUUAACGAUUUUUCUCCGGUUCCUCUUGGUUCUUCAGGUGGUAAUAUUCGGUGAAUAAAAUUGUCUACAAGUUUAAAUGUCUCUGAUGGUUCUGAGAUUCAUCGAUCUUCUCUCACAUACUGACAACUGUCCAAAAACCAGUCAAGCCUCCUAUUGGGCUUUAGUUAACGACAACUUGUUGCUUCAAUCUUUCACUCAAUAAUGGGUGAUAACUCAAGACACUGAUGAAGCAGUUUUAUUUUAUUGAACAUAUAUUUUCAAAAAUGUCAAGAAAAUCACGGGCAAAAGAAACUUCUAAUUUUUACUUCGUGAUGACUAGUCCAGAGCUACUGUAUUUACAAUGUCCUCCUAUUAUCCAAUAAAUAUUAUUUGUUAUUAAAAUUAAUGGUGCAUCCGAUUCACACAUCUUAUUUCCAGAUAUCAUGCAACAAUUAAAGGCAACUUUGCAAUUUUUGUACAUAAGACAACUAUCGGUGCAAAAUAGCUAGUCCAUGUCGUUUCAAUACAGAAACUAAGAAACUUAGAACUUUGGUGACAAAAUAACAAUUUAUUUUUCCAUAGAUUAGACCACGCAUGGAUUUGAACUAGACAACUAUUAGUAACCAGGAUGUACUGGACAGGUGUUUCGCCCCAUCACGAGACUAUUCAACAAUGUAUGCAUGCACGAUCCAACCGGGUGUCGAACCCAGAACUUUCGGUCUCGCGCGCGAAUGUUUAGCCUC